UCGCUGGCUUCCGAGACCGCCGCCCCUAGGCCCGCGCAUGCGCAGUGGUCCAACCGCUUCUCAGCGGCGAGGAACUAGGAACGCCGCGCCGCGGCCGUUAUUCUCUUUGUGGCUGAACCGCCUCCUUUUGUGCCGCCAAAAUGCCGCGGAUUAUGAUUAAAGGAGGCGUGUGGCGCAACACAGAAGAUGAAAUUCUUAAAGCAGCUGUGAUGAAAUAUGGCAAAAACCAGUGGUCUCGUAUUGCUUCCCUGUUGCACAGGAAAUCAGCAAAGCAGUGCAAAGCCCGAUGGUCUGCAGUCUGGCUGGACCCCAGCAUAAAGAAGACCGAGUGGUCCCGGGAAGAGGAAGAGAAGCUGCUGCAUCUGGCCAAACUUAUGCCAACCCAGUGGAGGACCAUUGCGCCCAUCAUUGGAAGAACAGCUGCCCAGUGCUUGGAGCACUACGAAUUUCUUCUGGAUAAAGCCGCUCAGAGAGACAAUGAAGAAGAAACGGCUGAUGAUCCUCGGAAACUUAAACCUGGAGAAAUUGAUCCAAACCCGGAAACCAAGCCAGCCAGGCCAGAUCCGAUUGAUAUGGAUGAGGAUGAACUAGAAAUGCUUUCUGAAGCUCGAGCUCGUUUGGCUAACACUCAGGGAAAGAAAGCCAAAAGGAAAGCAAGAGAGAAGCAGUUGGAAGAAGCUAGGUACCUGGCUGCCACUCCAAGAAAGAGGAGGGAACUCAAGAGCUGCAAGAGUAUUAGAGAUCAGAAGAAAGAAGAGAGAAAAGAAAAGAGAAUCGAAGCCUAUAAUGCUGAGAUCCCAUUUGAAAAGAAGCCUGCUUUAGGUUUUUACGACACAUCAGAGGAAAACUACCAGGCGCUGGAUGCGGACUUCAGGAAGUUACGGCAACAAGACUUAGAUGGGGAACUGAGAUCGGAAAAGGAAGGGAGAGAGCGGAAGAAAGACAAGCAGCAGCUAAAACGGAAAAAGGAAUCCGAUUUGCCUUCAGCCAUACUUCAGACCAGUGGCGUGUCAGAGUUCACCAAAAAAAGAAGCAAACUGGUGCUUCCAGCCCCUCAGAUUUCAGAUACGGAACUUGAGGAAGUGGUGAAAGUUGGCCAGGCGAGCGAGAUUGCGCGUCAGACCGCAGAGGAGUCUGGGAUCAUGAACUCUGCCUCCAGCACGCUGUUGUCUGAAUACAAUGUCACCAACAAUAGCAUUGCCCUCCGAACGCCCAAAACGCCAGCAGCCCAGGACAGGAUCCUGCAGGAAGCCCAGAACUUGAUGGCUCUUACAAAUGUUGACACACCAUUGAAAGGUGGCCUGAAUACCCCUCUCCAUGAGAGCGACUUCUCUGGCGUGACACCUCAGAGACAAGUUGUUCAGACCCCCAACACUGUGCUUUCCACACCUUUCAGAACUCCCUCUCAUGGAGGCGAAGGACUGACUCCUCACAGCGGAAUGACCCCGAAGCCAGUAGUGGGAGUGACGCCUGGUCGGACUCCCUUGCGCGAUAAAUUAAAUAUUAAUCCCGAAGAAGGAAUGGCAGACUACAGCGACCCAUCGUAUACGAAACAUAUGGAGAGAGAAUCCCGUGAAAAUCUCCGUCUAGGCCUUAUGGGCCUUCCUGCUCCCAAGAACGACUUUGAAAUUGUCCUGCCAGAAAAUGCAGAAAAGGAGCUUGAGGAUAACAGUGCCGAUGAUGCCUACAUAGAAGAUGCAGCAGAUAUGGACGCUCGCAAAGUGGCUAUUCGAGAAGCCGAGCGCAUCAAGGCCCUCAAGCGGAUGCACAAAGCAGUUCAGAAGGAUAUGCCCAGACCCUCGGAGGUAAACGAAACCAUCCUGAGGCCUUUAAACGUCGAGCCGCCCCUGACAGAUUUGCAGAAGAGCGAGGAGCUGAUCAAGAAAGAGAUGAUCACCAUGCUCCAUUACGACCUAGUGCAUCACCCUUCCGGGGAGCUGCCAGGGGGCAAGAAAGGGAAGCCCCCCGGGUUUGGAGCCAGCAGCACAGAGCACAUCGUUUACCUGGAGCACAACCCUUAUGACAAGUUCCCAAAGGAAGAGCUCAAGAAGGCAGAAGAGCUCUUGGCACAAGAGAUGGAAGUGGUGAAGCAGGGAAUGGGUCACGGAGACCUCUCCAGCGAAGCUUACAACCAGGUUUGGGAAGAGUGUUACAGCCAGGUGCUAUACCUCCCUGGACAGAACCGCUACACGCGAGCCAACUUGGCCAGUAAAAAAGACCGAAUCGAGUCACUGGAGAAGAGAUUAGAGAUAAACAGAGGCCACAUGACGACAGAAGCUAAGAGGGCCGCCAAGAUGGAAAAGAAGAUGAAGAUUUUGCUUGGCGGCUAUCAGUCUCGUGCCAUGGGGCUAAUAAAGCAGUUGAAUGACUUGUGGGACCAAAUCGAGCAAGCUCACCUGGAACUGCGCACGUUUGAGGAAUUAAAGAAACAUGAAGAUGCCGCUAUCCCAAGGAGACUGGAGUGCCUGAAGGAAGAUGUUCAGCGGCAACAAGAAAGGGAGAAGGAGCUUCAGCAGAGAUUUUCAGAAUUCAUGCUGGACAAAGAAACAUUUCAGUCGAAAUAUUAAGUGACACACCUUGUGCUUCAGCCGUUGGCUGCGGAGCUUCUGAAAUGCUACAGACACAUUUUCCCAUCCAUAUCUCAGGUCAAAGUUUCAAAGCACAGCUAUAUUACAGAAUUCUUGUGUUUUAAAAAAGACUGUUGUUGUUCCUUGUGUUAAGGUAAGGGACCUGUUUUGUUUGGAAGGAGAGAGAUUAAGAAAAAACAAACAAACAAUGGAAUUCACACCCUGAUACGGUAAGUUCAGUUAGCAUGCACUGAAAGUUCCUGUAUGAGACAAAAAUCCCAGCAGCCAGUGCUUCGUACAUGAGUGCCAUUAAAGCAUGGCUCCCAAAUCAGAGGAAGCAAAUUAUGCCAAAUUCCCGCUGAAACCAGCCAGGCAAGCUGACGGUGACUGACUUGCACAUGUUGUUACUUGAGCCUGACUCACUUUUUAUUUUUGGGGUGGAGGGCUGUGCCAUAUGACGUCAACUCUGAUGGCCCUAGAGGGCAAGUGGGAGGGAAAUGAAUCCGAGCCCUGCCCCCUUGAGCCCUGCCCCCCAUCUGAGAUCUGCCAGUCCCAGUGAUGUGUGGGGCAGAUGCACCAAGUGAAGACUUCUGCUUCAGCCUUCAACGCAGUUGGCUGCUGCGCACAAACAUCUGGAGAUCAGGGUCCCAGCAUUUCCAUAUUAAAUCACUUCGGAUUUCAUUUUAAUCACAUUGUCGUUUGCUGAAAUUACCAUUUCCCCGUGAUUGUAGUAUUUUACCAUGGUUAAGAUCAACAAUAUAGUUUGUCUCUGUGUGUACCAGUGACUACUGUGGCUCUAAUAAAUCUGGCAAUGUAAAACAAAAA